GACGGCUAUGGAGAGAUCCUAUUUGCUGACCAAAGAAGAAAAGGACAACAAUCAACUUCAUUUUUUUUCCACAUGCAUGAGUUUGAUGAAGGAAAAUCAAACUUUCCGAGUCUCAUUAUUUGACAAGCAUCUUGAAACAGUAUGGAAGAACUACAGGUUCCUCCAUUUCCCAAAAAAUACCGAGGGCAAUGAGAAGUCAACAAAUGAAAAUCAUUGGACCUUGCUAGUCUUGGACAAAGAAGACAAUUUAUGGAGUGUGGAUUGUGGCCUCUUUGUAUGCUACGUAAUGAGACAAUAUAGCAAUCAUGAACCUAUUAGCUCGAAAUUGUCGACACAAGACGUAAGGUUGAUGAGGGCAGAAAUCAUAGAGAGAUUUGUGACCGAAGUUGGCUGGUCAUAGAUAGAACCAAUUCAAAUACCACCAGAAGAAGAACCAAAAGUAUAAUAGUGAAAGCACACUAGUGAAAAGAAGACAAUGCAAACAAUGUAAUUAGGAAUAACCCUUCAAUUUGUUUUUUCAUACAUUAAAGGAAUGAUGAUGUUUGACAUAUAUGUAUAUAUCAUUUUUUGACUAAUGUAAAUUUCAUA